GCAGAGCUGGAUCAAAGUCUAACUUCUUCUGGAAGCAGCCAGAUCACAAAAAAGAAUGGGUUUUCUGUGGAUCAGCUCUUUCUUCUGAGGAAAAGUUUCUUUUGGUUGAGUUUGCAAACAUGAUUGGUGCAAGUGUGACAAAGUUUUGGAGUCCAGAUGUCACACAUGUCAUUGCAGCUACAGAUGCAAAUGGUGCAUGCACUAGAACCCUUAAAGUUCUCAUGGCUGUUUCAAAUGGGAAGUGGGUUCUUAAAACAGAUUUUGUUUGUCUCUUGCAGGAACCAAAGCUCUUUCAUGGCUUUGACUUUUAUUUUGUGGGUGACUUUGUAUCUGCUUACAAGCAAGAUCUUAUAAAUUUGGUAGUUGCAGCAGGAGGUACAGUUUCGACUGUUAUUGAGGAACUACUAGGAUGUAAUACUCAUGACCAGGCGGCAGCUCUAUCAAGUAGAGUUGUGGUGUAUAACCUUGAUCCCCCAGAGGGAUCUGAAUUAGGAGAAGAAGUUUCGAUUAUGUGGCAGAGAAUUAACGAAGCGCAGGAGUUGGCUACUAAAAUUGGAGGACAAGUAAUUGGUCACACAUGGCUUUUGGAAUCAAUUGCAGCGUAUAAAUUGAAACCUUUAGGACCAAGCCUUGUCUGCAGCUAAUAGGUUUAUGCUUGUCUAACUUGAAAACCCUGUCACAUCUUUGCUAAUUGAUUACAUAUGUCUACAUAUAUCCGUAGUUUAGAUUAGAAUAUUGUAUGAAUCCUUUGAAAUGGAUAAUGAAGUGAAAAUUUUUUG